CGAUGAUGAACGGAAGACUUAUACUGUACCUAAACAAAGGUCGAAGAAGAAGAGGACGAACUGAGGCGGAUAUAAUCAUCCAAAAUGAUCGGAGAUCUUUUAAUUUUUGGCACUCUGCUCAUGAACGCCGGCGCUGUGCUUAACUUUAAACUAAAGAAGAGAGAAACGCAGUCUCAAGGGUUCGGCGAUGAUUCUGGAUCGUCCAGCACUGGUGACAACAUCAGAGAGUUUUUACUGAGCCUGCGGUACUUUCGCAUAUUUAUUGCUCUUUGGAACAUUUUCAUCAUGUUUUGCAUGAUCUUGUUAUUUGGAUCAUAGAUUGCUGUUACGGCGAGGAUUGCUACCUACAAGAAUUAUUGCAACAUUUAUUGGGUGGACUGCUUGUAAUGGUUUUUUUAGUAAAAUGUCUUGAAGACUUAUCCAACAUCUGUAUAUUUUGUACAAAAGUAUGAUUUAAUAUUGCUUUUACUUCGAAUCAAUGGGUCAGGAUACAUGGGAACUACGUUUAAAUACAUGUGUACAUUCUGAGAAGCGUUGUCUUUAGCAUUUGUACAUUGAACAAUGUAUAACUCACUAAUGUAAAGCUUUGUACUUUAUGCAGAAACCUAUUGCUUUAACAUGAAAGAAUGCUCUAAAACGGUGAAGUGGUAUAUUUAACUCUGGUGUUAAUGUAUAAAAGCACAAUCAACUAUGGUGAACAAAAGCUCUAACCUCUAAAGUAUAUUUGAGUAAUCAGAGCUUAAUUUUUAGAUUAAUGUCAGUUGGAAUACACCCCCCCCCAGACGAGUGUCACUCCACUGACGGUUCAGGUUGAACUGCAUCACAUUAGACCUAUAGGAAACAUUUUUCAAUAAAUCAUUAAGCCAUGAA